AUGAAUGUCGAAUCUGGAUGGCAUUACCUUCUUCACAUUGUUCCUGAGGUUCCUCCAGCCCACAGACAUCUUGAUAACGCGACCCGAAUGGACCUGGAGCUGCACCAUCCUUUUGUUUUAUUUUCCUUAUUCAUAGAUUGCCAAGGACCUCCUCCCAAAAAAACCACAGAGGUCCUGUCGGGUUCCUGGCCUGAGCAAACCUACCCGGAGGGCAAGCAGGCCGUCUACAAAUGCCGGCCGGGGUACCGGACUCUGGGCACGAUCCAGAUGGUGUGCAGGAGUGGAGAAUGGGUGUCUGUGAACCCAAACCGGGUCUGUCGGAAGAGACCCUGCGGACAUCCGGGGGACAUGCCCUUUGGCUCCUUCCAGCUCACCGUGGGAAGCGAGUUUGAAUUCGGUGCCAGGGUGGUUUACACCUGUGACGAAGGGUAUCAGUUGAUAGGUGAAACUAAUUUCCGUGACUGUGAAGCAGACGGAUGGUCCAAUGAUGUUCCUACAUGUGAAACUGUGAAGUGUUUGCCGCUCACAGAGCCCAAGAACGGGAGGAUUAUCACCAGUGGGAUGGAGGUGGACCAGGAGUACUAUUUUGGACAAGUGAUCCAGUUUGAAUGCAACGCGGGCUUCAGAAGAGAGGGUCCCAAGGAGGUCCACUGCGCGGAGGACGGCCGCUGGAGCAGCGAGAAGCCGGCCUGUGUGGAAAUAUCCUGCACGUUGCCAGAAAUUCAAAAUGGAUACCCUCUGUCCACGGGGAGAAUUUUUAAGGAGAAUGAACGAUUUCAGUAUAAAUGUCACCCCGGGUUUGAUUACACGGAAAGAGGAGAUGCUGUGUGCACGGCAUCCGGCUGGAAUCCACAGCCCUCCUGUGAAGAAACGACGUGCAAGCCUCCUUACAUUCCAAAUGGCGUCUACUCACCUCACAGGAUUAAACACAGAACUGAAGAUGAAGUCAGAUACCAAUGCAACGAUGGAUUUUACCCCUCCACCCGGGCAAACGUGGUGAAAUGCACCAGCACCGGGUGGGUGCCCGCACCCCGGUGCAUCUUGAAACCUUGUGACUUUCCAAAAAUAAAUCAUGGCAAUCUAUAUGACAAAGAGCGGUAUAAACCAUACUUUCCAGUGCCCAUAGGAUCAUCUUUCAAUUACUUCUGUGACAGAGGUUUUGUGGCGUCACCAUCACACUCCUACUGGAAUUCUAUUUCUUGCACAGCAGAAGGAUGGACACCAGAAGUGCCAUGCCUCAGUAUUAUAGAAACAUGCUCAAAAUCAGAGAUAGAAGUCGUGAAUGGGUUUCUGUCCCAGUCAGAUUAUGUAUACAAUGUAAAUAAACAAACAGAAUUCAAGUGCAAGCCAGGAUAUAUCACAGCAGAGGGGGAAACAUCGGGAGCAGUGACGUGUCUGCAGCAUGGCUGGUCGGCGCAACCUGCUUGCAUCAAAUCUUGUGAUAAGCCAGUAUUCGAGCAUGCCAGCUCCAAAAAUAACGCCUCGUGGUUUAAACUCAAUGACAAAUUGGACUAUGAAUGUCACGUUGGAUAUGAAAAUAAACAUAAAAAAGUCAAAGGUUCCAUAGAAUGUAAACAUGACGGAUGGUCAGAUACACCUUCUUGCUUUGAAAGAGAAUGCAAGAUUCCCAAAAUGGAAAAAUACUUAAUAGCUGAGCCCAGGAAAGAAAAAUAUAAGGUUGGAGAUGUGUUGAAAUUCUCCUGCCGGCCAAGACGUACAAGAGUUGGGCCGGAUUCGGUGCAGUGCUACCACUUCGGGUGGUCUCCACGGGUCCCAGUGUGCAAAGAAACGGUCCAGCCCUGUGGUCCCCCACCUGAACUGCUCCACGGGGAAGUGAAGGGACCCCUGGAAGAACAAUACGCACACGGCGAUGUGGUGGAGUACAACUGCAGCUCUAGAUUUCUCAUGAAAGGACCAGAGAAGAUUCAGUGUGUUGAUGGAAAAUGGACAACCUUGCCAGUAUGCAUCGAGGAGCACAGGACGUGCGGAGACAUUCCCCAGCUGGACCACGGCUACGCCCAGUCCUGGGAGCCUGGUGCCCCGUAUCGCCAUGGGGACACGGUGGAGUUCCAGUGCUUAGAAGCCUUCACCAUGGUUGGGCCCAAGUCAAUCACGUGCAUGAGUGGAGCGUGGACCCAGCUUCCCCAGUGUGUCGCGACAGACCAACUUGAGAUGUGUAGACCACCCCGGAUUAAUACACACGAGGCAAGCCAGUCAGAAAAUCGGGAGUAUCCUCAUGACUACGUCCUAAGUUACAGAUGCCGAGGGAAGCAAGAACGUACAAAGUGCGUGAACGGGAGAUGGGACCCUGAACCAACCUGUACCAAGAUAGAACGAGGCUGGUGCCCCCCUCCCCCACAGAUUCCCAAAGCCCAACCUAUGGAAACCACCGUGAAGUAUCAAGAUGGAGAAAAGCUGUCUGUUCUUUGCCUGGAAAAUUACCUCAGCCAGGAGGGAGGGGAGAUGCUGUGCCAAGACGGGAGGUGGCAGGCCCUGCCACGCUGUGUGGAGAAAAUUGGAUGUUUUCAGCCACCCAGCAUCGACUAUGGGACUAUCCAAUCUCCUAGGCUUCUGGAAGAAAUGAAGGAAGCAAAUGCGCCCAGACCUUACAAACAUGGCACCAAAUUCAAUUACAUCUGUGACGAUGGCUUCCAACUCUCGGCAGAGGAUGGGACCAGGUGUCACCUGGGGAAAUGGAGCCCACCGCCUCAGUGUGUGGGACUCCCUUGUGUGUCUCCACCUUCAAUUGAGAAUGGCGUUGUGUCUCACCAUGCAGACAGUUACCAAUACCAAGAAGAAGUCAGCUACAACUGCUCUGAAGGCUUUGGAUUUGAUGGAUCUUCGUUUAUUAAAUGUAUAGGAGGAAAAUGGUCUACCCCACCCAGAUGCAUAAGAACAGACUGUUUUGACGUACCCAGAGUCGAUGUUGCCAAACUCAUAGGACAGAAGAAGGCCGUAUACAAGUCAGGGGAACAACUGACUUAUGAGUGCCCACCAUUCUACCAGUUGAAUGGAUCCAAUACUGUGACGUGUGUAAAUGGCAAGUGGAUUGGAAUGCCAACAUGCAAAGAUAAUUCCUGUGUGAACCCACCCAAAGUGGGAAAUGCUACUAUGGUGUCCAGACAGAUGGAUAAAUACCCACCUGGUGACAGAGUACGCUAUGAAUGCAACAAGCCUUUUGAACUAUUUGGGCAAAUGGAAGUCAUGUGUAUGAACGGCACAUGGACAGAACCCCCUCAGUGCAAAGACGCCACCGGAAAGUGCAAGGCCCCUCCGCCCAUCGACAACGGCGACACCAUCUCGUUCCCGCUGCCCGUGUACCCGCCACUCGCGACCGUGGAGUACCAGUGUCAGUCUCUGUACCAGCUCCAGGGAAACAAGAGAGUCACGUGCAGGAACGGGGAGUGGUCGGAGCCGCCGCGCUGUCUGCAUCCAUGUGUAAUAUCAGAAGAAAUUAUGGAAAGACAUCACAUAAUGCUCAAGUGGAGAGAACAGCAAAAGCUUUAUUCUAAAUCAGGAGAAACAGUUGAAUUUGUAUGUCAAUAUAGAUUUUAUCACUCACCAGAAACACAAUUGCGUGUGGAAUGUUAUGAUGGUCAUCUGGACUACCCCACUUGCAGAAGAAGGGGUUACUAAAAGGAUAACAGUAGCCAGGCACCCAUGGCUCACAUCUGUUAUCCAACCUACUCAAGAGGCUGAGAGCUUAAGACUGUGGUUCAAAGC